AGUGAGAUUGACACGAAAUUAUGUUCAAAUUCUGUUGCAGUGCAAACUGAUUAUAAAAUAGUAAUACCAAUUUAUUUCAAAUAAUUCGUCUAUUAAUGUAGCUAAGUUAAAGGCUAUUAUAACAGCAGCGACGAGUAACAUUUAUGAAAGUGAACUGACAUCCAAAAUCGAAAGAAAAGCUCUAUUUAUUAUAUUCUGUUCUCUUGAAAUAUCAGGAAGUGAUGAAGGUGAUCAUGAGAAGAGAACAUUUGUUAUUCAUUCUGAUCUGGAGUGCGACUUAUUACUCUGAAUUGUAAUUGGGAUUAACGACUCGAUUUUACCAAUAACAGUGAUUUAAACCAGAACGCAAAUUGUUUCCUACCCAAAUUCGAGAUAAAUUUUCAGUCACAUUACAACUAUUGACUCAAGUGCGUAAAAUAACAUGGGUGAUUGACUGCAAUAAAACGUUACCACAUUAAAGAUUGUGUUUCUUAUAAUAUACGUGAUUGACCACCAAAUUUACAGAAAAAAUUAUCGUCGAUUAAAAUUUUAUUUCUCGUGAAAAUCGUCAGCUACACUGAAAGAAGUAUUAAGCCAUAGCCAUGGUGCAAAAAGCGAACGUCGUCGCAGAGAUCUCUCUCAAACACGGAGACUGCCUCACUGCUUCAAGCCAGGACUCAGAAUGCAGCAAUAUGUAUCCUGAAGCCAGAGAAAGAAGCAUCGAGAAGCGUCAACUGCAAUCCAACAGCGUAGAUAGCAGCGACACAAACAGCAACACUAACAGCAUGUACAGCUGCAACGGCAGCUACAACGGCAGCUACAGCGACGCAGGCACCUGCAGCCUCAGCACUGACAGUAGCGGCUGUUCCAAUAACGACCCAAGUCAUUUCGUGUCUAACAAGUUUUCCCCCUUACGACAACUGGACAGCAUUUUUGAGAGGCAGAUGAAUGCAAGCGAUCAAAAAAUCUCGGCCAUGAACAGCUUAAACCUAGCCGCAGUCGAUAGUAGGAAUAUAAGUUCGGAUUUUCCAGUGAAACACCAACGCAGCAGAAGCCGACAAAGGUCUCUCAAGUACGAGAGUAACGCCGAAGACAUCGCGCGUCUCAACGAAAAAACGAAGAAAUGCUACAAGAAUUUCGAUUUUGCUCAGUAUCCAGUGAGGUCUUCAACUAAUGAAACAGCUGUAAAGUCAUCCUGGAAUAAAAAUGAAGAGGUUUUGAUGAACAACUUGAACCAAAGUGUAAUGAUGAAUGGUUUCAACGUUUCGAGAGAAAAAUGUCUUCGCGACAAUAAUAUUAAUGAGGAUAAAUCACAUCAAAGCUCUCCUGCAAUUCAAAGAAACUACGAAGAAAAGAUGGCCACAAAUUUUAGUAGCUCCUUCCUUGCCGCUGACGAAGACAAGACAUUUAUUAAUCACAGCCAAGUGCGUAGAACUAAAAUCUAUCCGAAUUUCUGCGACGGUUCUGACAAGGAGCAGAGAAGAAGGCGACACAACAGCCUGGGCACCACAUGUGCCGCGAAGAUAAACGUGCUGCUGUUGGGUGCCAAGGGCGUCGGAAAAUCAGCUUUGGCGGUGAGGUUUCUGACGCACCGUUUCAUCGGCGAAUAUCACUCCGCUGUCACAAUCGUGUAUCGCCACUCAAUGGUGGUGGACAGCCGCGAGCGCGUCCUCGAGAUCGUCGACUCUUCAGCUAAGCCUGGAGAAUGCAGCCUACACAAAGCUGAAAUAUCAGCAGCUGAUAGCGUGGCGGUGGUCUACAGCGUUACUGACGCUGAAAGCUUCAGCACAGCGCGGCGCUGCCUUCAGAGAGUGCAUGAAAUCAGGGACGAGCGGCCGCCCAUAGCGCUCAUGGCGAACAAACUUGACCUGGACCACUGUCGUGAGAUCACUCGAACUGAAGGCGAGGAGCUCGCGGAGGAAUUUAAUGCCCACUACGCUGAAGUCUCCGCCGCCGAAAGUAGUUCCGACAUCGAGCCCACGUUCCUCUACUUGGUUCAGAAGGCCGUGGGCUGCUCAGCUUCAUCUUGUCAUUUGAAAAUGACACGUGAAUCUUCCCCUAAAAAAUCACUUGCAUCUUUUCGUAAAAGCCUUUCCCCUUCAUCUAUAAGAAGAUUUGCUCAAUUUAGAAACGAGAAUUACGAAUCUUCUUUGCAUCGCACUGUAUCAGCCAUUACUAACCUGAAUUAUGGGCCGUUUAGCUCCAGCCACGUGGGUGGCGAAUGUAGGAAUCAAAGAAGCUCUCGAGCCAAGCGGAAGGGAGACCCCGUCUGUUCGACGAGGUGCACGAGCUAUGACGACUCCAAGACCUUAUGUCAAAUGGAGAUUUUGGAUUCAGAUGGUCCUAAUAGUUCACCUAAUUUCUCUAAGAAUUCGACAUUUUCUCGAAGAAAAAUAACAGCCGUUAAAAAAAUUCGACCUUCAAUGCCGACUGGUCGUACAAAACGAAGAGAAAAAUGCUCAUCGCUUACCAAAAAUUGGACCUCGAGGAUAACUUCAAGUGAUGACUUAUAUGUUCCAUCUUCAAAAAAAUACAUGUCUAAUUUAGUCCUUUCAUCUUCUGGUAGCUCGAGGUUAGCUUUACUAAAAGAUGAGACAACACCCGCACAUUCUUUGUUAAAUUAUUGUACUCGUUUGUCGCGGUCGGUCGAUCAAAACCUGCAGAAGGUGGAUCAUCCAGCGGACUCAGCGGAUCAUUCGAUAGCCGACAUGAAGAUCAUUGCCGAAGAAAAACCUUUAAGUUUACUUCAGAGAGGACGCUCAUUCAUCCAGGAAGCAAGAGACAAACAUUGGCGUGACAAAGAUUUGCGACUGUCACUUCGAAAUUUUGGGUCCCGAACAGACGUGUCCAAGACGGAGAAAUUUCUAUCAGCGGGACCGACUCCUCGCCCACGAACGGUGAGCAGUCCCAAGAAACUACCCACAGGAGGCAGUACGUGGCUGGUAUGUUCUGAAGAAGAUAAUAUAAAGUCGAGAGAUUUCGCGAAAAAUCUCAUGGUUCCUUGGUCAAAGGAAAAUCCUGAGUUACUAAGUACUUCAGAAAAGAUAUCAAGAUCUGAACCUGCCACUGCUAACAUUUGCGCUGAUGAUAUUCACAUACCUGGAACUCCAGAGCAACAUACCAACUCGGGAAAGUCGACAGGGUAUGGAGGAGAAAGAUUUAGAAAAUUCGCCGUAUUUAGUCGCACUUUCGGUAAUUUUUGGUCUAGAAGCUCCAUGCCAGAUCUUCCUAAAGCCUCUUCGAAUAUUUACGAUAAGUUCGAUUCCUUCAAAAAAUCUCUAAAGAAGAGGUCUGUUUAAUUGGACCAAGUGCUAGAUAACAGUGCCUCUCAUCGUAUUCUUUGUGUAUUUUUGGCUAGGUUUAUUCCUUUCGCAAAAUAAACUUUUUACUUGA